CAUUUACAGUAAAGACAGUAAAUGCGGUGUAAUAACCUUAUGUAUCUGUGUUAGUGGUUCUAGUGAUGCCCACAUCUCAGAAGGAGGAAGUUCCAAGUUUGAGAGCCGAAACUCGGAGUUAAAUGCGUUAAAUCGAGACUCCAUACCAGUGCCGUGGUUUUCAACGUGGGCGACGCCACGCUGAUAAAUGGAGAGGUCGGAUGGGAGCUGGCGACCUAUCCGCGAAUGGGAAAGCAGCGGCAUGGAGGAACACGGCCGCUCCUUCUGCUGCGAAGAGGAGGCAGGACUCCAAAACACUUUGAUUCAACAUCUCCGCCAGAAAGAGAGACGGUUACAGCGAAUGGCUCACAUAUUAGCCGGGGCGCUCCUUCUGCUGGUUACAGCUGCUCUGGCUUUACUGGUUACGGUUGUACUUGAAGGGCGCGGUCCUCCGUCAGCGGACAGCCAGCCCAUGAAGGAGCCUGAGAGCCUGAGAGAGUCAUCAGGCAUCAGCAGCAGACAGCAGCAGUUCUUCAGGAAUCCUAGCGCCAUGCUAACAGUUCCAGAUAGCACCAACAUAUCCAGGGACUACCUUGAAUGGGAGAGUCAGACGGGAAAUGCUCACCUUCAUGGAGGUUUCAACUACUCCAAUGGGAACCUUGUGGUGCCCAGAAACGGCAUCUACAGAGUCUUCCUGCAGAUCACCUAUGAGAGCAAGAGUGGCCUUAAGUGUGACCCGGACCUCAGCAUCGUGGUGUAUUACUUUGCGGAUAGUUACCAGAAAAAUGUGCCUCUCCUUUCAUCUGUCGACACUGCGAGUUGCAGCAUGGAGCGCUGGAGUAAAUCCAUCUAUACGGCCGGCAUGUUUUCCCUGGAGGCUAACAGCAGACUGUUCGUGAAAUCAUUGCAGCCUGAACUUAUUGUUAACAAAGAACACCUGGUGUUCUUCGGCGCUGAACUUAUCUCUCAGUAAUUUGCUCAGUUAGAAUCACCUAAAUCAGGUUGCUUGCAUCCUCCGCUCCAUGAAAACUUAAGGGAGGAAACCAGUGUAGUUAUGGUUUCCUUUUCCUAUUACAUGUCGUGUAAACUCUAAACCCACUGAUGAAUUUGCAACAGCAGGAAGCUACAAGUAUCUGCUUGACCGCAGGUUUGCUGUAUCUCAUUGAAGUAAUAAGCUGCAUUGUUUUAACUAAUUAAUAACAGCUCACAGAGACAUACUGCUGCCUGAACAAUGAUUUAACUAUGAUACACUAUCCCCCCCCCAAAAAAAGCAUGUAUAUUUUCAUAUAGAACUUGCCUAACAUUUGUAACUCCAUAGCUUUUGGGCAAAAUAGCUACUGUCAGAUGUGUUAAAUAUAUUUUGUAUAACUUAUUUUAUAUGUUUGGAAGAAAAAUAAGCAUUCUGUCAUGAUCUUUCAUUAAUCACCAGAAAAUCCAUCCACCAAAAACCAUUACAUUUUCUUAUAGGUAACAAUUUUUUCUGUUUCGCCUUAAGUGCUUGCUCUGCGAUCAGGCUCUGGGUCUCUGUAAAGCGCUUUGAGACAAUUUUGGUCAUGGAAGGCGCUUGAACAGAACUGAAUACAAAGGCAACCGAUGUUAGGCCACCAACUUUGGGUUUUUCCCACCUUCUGAGACUACUGUGCUGUAACUGUGUUGCUGCUGGACGGUUUCCAAAGAAUAACAUGUUGUUGUUGGCCUGAAUUUCCAGCUAACCAACUUCAAAGCUAAAUCCAUAGCUUUGGAAAUUAAAUUUCUCUCUAAUUUGUUCCCAGUAAAGGUUUACCGUAGUUUCUCAGUCCUCGCAGGAAACAGUGAUCAUCCGUCUUUGUUGUCUUUGCCCUCCUGCAAGUCUUUAGUCACUGUUUUAACCAGUUCACAUUUUUUUAAUAAUGGUGACGAGUCAGUAAGUCAAUGGUAAAUGGUAAAAGGAGCCAGAAAACCGAGGCAGAGAUGACUUCACCAUUACUGUCUUAAUAGCGACCACCGAGCUCCUGAAGGGUGUGAGCCUCUCAGGUUUGCAGCACAUUGCAGUACAGGGUGAGUUUGAUGGUAAAACAAUGCAGGAUUACUGGCAGGCUAUUCACACAUAAGCCCAGCCCACGCCCACACACUCCAGCUGCUAUGUUAUUAUUUUUGUAACCAUGUAAUCAUCAGGUAAAUAAAUACGAAAGUGCAAAACUACUUUCACCAGUGCCAAAAGCCUAUAACAAAAGCUUCUACUGUCUGACUUAGCCUUUGCAGUGCCAACCACAGGCGUGCAUCCAGUUACAUUUAUAAAACAGCAUUGUGUUCAUAUGAGUGGUGCGCGCUUGACCUGCAAGUAAUAACCAUGUCAAAUAGGAUGAUUCAUGCCAGGAAAGGGCUUUUAUUUUGCACUGACUGAUACUGUAGUCCAGCUGUGAAACGUACCUGUCAAAAUAAAGUGGACUGGGAAUGCAAAACACAUGAAAGUCGAGAUCUAAGAGGAAUUUGAGAACACUCUGCUGUAAAUGUGCCGAUGGAUCAUUGUACCACUGCUGUGAUUGUGUAUGACUUUCACCGUGGGAUUCAUUGUAAGCUGAUAAAAAUGUAAGAAGGGUUAGUAUUUGUUUUUUUUUUAAUGUAAGCUGUUGUUGUAUGCUGUUAUUGUAUGCUUAUAUAAACCUAGAAAGCUAAAGAUGUUUUGGGGUUUUUUUUGUUUUGUUUUGUUUUUUUUAUUUAAUUCAUUGCUUGGGCACUUUGUACCCUAUAAUCUGCAUAGCUGGUGCUAUGCAGAUUGAUCCUAUGAUUUGUGAAUUUUUAUAUUUGUGUGUAUGUAUGCGGUGCUAAAAAAAAAAAAAAAAAGAAAAGAAAAGAAAAAAAAGUAUGACUCAAAAUCCUCUCCCAAAUGUUUUUCAUACUAACUCGCUUGAUCAGUUUGUGGAUUUUGGGUUUGCUCCCAAAAGCCAAACUGUUCCACGGCUGAAGGAAAACCCUAUAAAUGACUUCAUUAUUUUCAGUCUUAUAACCUGAGCAACUGAUUUAUAAUUGUCAUGACAUCAUUUAUUUAUUUAUUUACUGGCACACACCAAGAUGCUGAUCCCAAAAAAGGAAUGGCACUUAUGUAUAGCAUGGAUUGUAAAGUAAAUGUUACAGUAAUGAAUCUGAAAUGCAACAUCAUGCUUCAAUAGGUUUCUUUUCUUGUUAUUUACACAGUGUGAUUCCAAGUGUGGGAAAUGAAAUAAAAGAAAUUCCUCUUGUGCAUUAGAAAAGGGAACAAGUCUUUUUGCAGCCUGAUCCAUACCUG